AUGGCCGCAAAGAUCUCCGAAGCCAGCUUCGUAACUAGUGUAGAGGAAGCUGUUCGGAUAGACCAAUGCACGCAGACCCCGCCGGUUGGAAAGUCUAGACCGAAAACCUUACAACGAUAUAACACUACCGACCACCUACUAUACGAACGACCCAGACCCUAUAGGCUAAGAGAGUUCCGACCGAAGAGUUUGGGUUUAUGCGAGUCAAGUCAAUGCCUCGGUAAACCUCCCAGCUAUGACAGCGGCUGUCAAGUCAAGGUCAAGUUGCCGUCAGAUAGUCCAACUAUCUCAGUGACUCCCCCCCACAGCCUGGAGUACGACUGUCCCAAGGGUAGCAGUGGCAGUGUCACCCCCACAAUGAUUCCGAGCAAACCAGCGACAGUGCUCUUAAGCCCUGGAUAUUUACAGAGCCCUUGUCAAUGCACCCAGUCCAUUAAGAGUGGCAGUGAAGUAGCUCUGGCUAUGCCGUGGAGCGAGGAGAAGGCUACUUCGGAUGGACUCUCGUGGCGGAGGCUACACAUGUCCCGAGCCAAGCUCAAAGCUACCGCUACCACCUCUGAAUUACUCUCAGGUUUCGCGAUGGUAGCGAUGGUGGAACUUCAAAUAAACGAACCAACGAAUGUGCCCGAGUGGUUGUUUGUUAUGUUUGCUGUGUGUACAACAGUACUAGUUGCUGUUCACAUCUUCGCUCUCAUGAUCUCUACAUACCUCCUGCCGAAUAUAGACGCAGUCAGCAAGAUGGACACACCGGGGGAUCCCGCUAGAGCGCUGAGGGAUUCCCCGCACGAGAGAAUGCGCGGUUUCAUUGAGCUCGCCUGGGCAUUUAGCACUGUUUUAGGAUUAUUUUUAUUCUUAGUCGAGAUAGCUAUAUUGUGUUGGGUCAAGUUCUGGGACUAUUCCUUCGCGGCCGCAACCGCAGCCACAGUUAUUGUUAUACCAGUAUUGAUAGUGUUCGUUGCGUUCGCGAUACAUUUCUACCACUCGCUAGUUGUACAGAAGUGUGAAACCUCCGUCCAAGACAUCAAACAACUAGAAAACAUGAAAAGAGACCUCGAUACUGCUACUGUUAAAGUGAAUAUGUUUUAG